UCCGCGGAGGCUCCCCGAUUCCCAACACACAAAAACCCUCGCUUUUCCCAUCCACCCGCACCUACGCCGGCGCGCCGCCUCCCGGCCGCCGGAUACGAUGGCCUCUGCCCCCGAGGACAAGCUCGCCGACCUCCCCAGCGCCGAGCUCGUGGCCUACCUCUCCAAUUCCUACCUCAAAGCCAAUUUCGAGGCGGUCGCGCGCAUCCUCGAGGCGCGGGACCGCAGGGACGCCAAGCUCGGCGCGGAAGUGGCCGCCGCGCUCGCCGAUCUCGACGUACUGACCGCGCGCGGGAGGGAGACCAACGAGUUCAAGGCCAAACUGGAGGCCGCGCGCGCCCUGCGGGAGAAGUACAGUGCGCUCCUGGACGCCUUCCUCCCGCCGCGGCACGAGGUCGGCGAGAUGGCGCUCGUGGUCGGGGACGAGGUGCAUCAGGACGACUCCCGCGUUGAGGGGGCGGAGGAAGGCGACGAGAUGGCGCUCACCAUGGCCGAGGCCGCCGUCUCGGACACGGUGCAUCGGGACGACUCCCGCGUUGAUGACGAGGAGGCGGAGGAAGGCGAGGUGAAAGGCGUCGACUUUAUUGACCUCUCCAGCGAUGAGGAGGAAGGGGAGAUGGCCGAGGGGGGCUCCGAGGAGGAAGAUGAGGAGGACACCGAGUCGCUGAGCCAGCGCAUCAAGCGAAUACGGGGAGAUAAGCCCGGGGAGUUGGAAUCAGGGAAGGUUGAUGUGCUGGGGCAGAGCAAUUCGGUUGGUACAUUGGGUAAUGAUCAGCAGAAAUCUUCGUCUGCAAGGAUAGAGGGGAUGGUGUCAACAUCUGGGAAGAUGGCCAGUAAGCCUGAAGAUUCAAAGGUGGCAGCUUUCCUGCAGGAGAGCCCAGUUGUGAAAACAGAGAAUUUUGAUGGGGGAAUGCCCAAGACAAUGCUGCUUCCUUCCCAAGGGCCUCUUGCCAGCAGCGCUAUACAAGAGGGUUCUUCCAAGAUUGACUAUUGUAAAGCUGGAAUUGGCGGCAAAGGACAAUCAUCUGAUGGUGCUCCAGCAAGGGGAGUUAGUCAGCUAUCGAAGGGGAUUGUGGAGACGAACAAGACACCAAUGGUUCAAUCAUCAGCCAAAUGCGGGAACAAGGAAGUUGGGGCUGAGAAAUGUGCAUCUCUGUCUAUACCAAGUGAGGGACCGAGGAUAACAAGGGAUGUAGUUCCAUUUGAACCUUGCAAGGAAAGCAAUGCCUAUGUCCAGGUGAAAAGGGAGAUGAGCUCCUUGCCUUCAGAAAUCACAAGUAAAUGGGACUCUGAAGCACCCGUGAUUAACUCAUUGUUCGACGAGGAGAUCUGUAUGCAAGGUUUCUGUGCUCUUUACCGCCAAGGAAAAUUAGCAACUGCGGAUAAACGAGAUGAAUUCAGGGCAAAUAAGUUGGCGGAAUUUCUUUUGGGUGGUGAUCUCCAAGGACCGAUGAAAAGAACUGUUGAGGAACUAAAGAAUCAAGAUGCUACAAAUGUGUAUUUUCUUCAGAAACUUACACUGGAUUGCUCUGAGCAGGUGUAUGGUAUCUUCAGGAACAAAGAAGAUCCAUACUUCUUUUGACAACAAGGAAACAUUAUGCAGAGAUGCAGAUGCCACAACUCUUUAUAUAGAAGGGUAUAUUUUGGUGUGAAUGUGCAGG